AUGCCUGGACAACGCGAAGUCUCUGGCGGUAAAGGCACAGCAGGAGCGACGGCGACGGAUACUGAGACACAACAAGCCUCGUCCCAACGCCCUCGGAAGAGAAGUCGAUAUACGCCCCAUGCGUGUGAAAAAUGUAAAGCCGCAAAAGUGAGAUGUGAUGGACGACUGCCCUGCAAAUAUUGUGCUUCUCGAGAAGCUACUUGCCUUUACAGCGCUCAGGCGCCUCCCAACUUCCAAGUCCACGAGCAUCGACCAGAGGACGAUGAGCGCAAAUUCGAAGCAGAGGUUUCCUCGCUUCUUCGACAGCAGAACGAGAAGCUGGAUCUUUUGAUCAAAAAGACCGUAGCCAUUCAAACGGCUUAUGAAGCAGCCGAGAAUCGUCUCACCAAGCCCGACACGAGGCUAUCCACGCAGAAGCAGCCUUUGCCACUGUUUCAAACAUCCACCAGCGCUUUCUUUUGCAUCAACGUCAUAGAUGCAGGUGUUAGAAAGCUGGGGCUCGACUUCUCACAGGCCCAAACCACGCCGAAUGGGCCCGCUGCCACGCAAACACGUACAUCCUUGUCCAUCAUCCACGGCGAGGUGUUCGACGGUGAAUCGAGUGACAUCAGCCGAAGCGAAAUCGAGCAUGUUGCAGAAUCAAUUUCGGAGUCGAGCACGAGCGGUCCAGAUACUUCUGCGCCUACUAGAUUUACAGAUCCGCUCACCGACAUGGACCACAACCUGAUUUUGCAGGGAGUGCAGGCCUUUCACAAUCUAGAACUGGUAAUGUAUCCUAUCCUGGAUAUUUCCGACCUCGAUGAGGUCAUGAACCACCUCUCAGAUACGGCCAGCGGUCGAUCAGGCCGCGGAAGAACAUGCGCUGUCGGCAAAGGGGACUUGGCCAUCCUGAAAAUGGUCGUGGCGAUUGGCCUCCUGGCAGAAGGUGAUACCCAUCAAACGUUGACCUCGAGGCUGUUACAGUCUCUUCACUCCGAGAUCGAAACUAUGAUUUGGAGUGCUGCAGUUGAUCUGAAAGAUUUGAUAUUGAUGACAUUGGUGAUUUUAUACCAUCUGCAUUGUGCUCGGUGGAGAUUAGCAUGGAGAUUCACAGUGAAUGUCAGCCGCAUAAUCCUUGAGCUGGGUUUGAAUCGCAAAAUGGUGCUUGAUCGCUCUUUCGCCGACAUCAAGAGCCGAUCACAAGCAAUCAACACCGUUUGGACGGUCGUGGUCCUCGAGCAGCAUCUCAGCUAUGCCUUGGGUUUCUCGAACGCAAUGCAAAACCUCCACCCGGAGCCGUAUUUUCCUCAACCGGUCGAUGCACCUUUUCUACAGCUCAUGAUCGAGUACGCAAGUAUUGGAAAACAGUCCUGCGACGCCCUCCUGAACGACAAGAUCUUGAAUCCCGAGCAACUUUCCAACUUCCAGGAUGACUAUUCCUAUUUUCUCUACCGAGUGAACCUGUGGGCGACUCGAGCUUCCGAAAACUUCGAAGCACUCGCACUCGAUGAAGACGCCAGCCUCGGACUCCAAAUGGUGCGGACGACUCUACAAAUACGAGCCUACCACCUCAGGACGCUGAUCGCUCGAGCCUUCCUCUGCUCUGGCCUGCGGAGCGCCGCGCCCUCGGACAUCUGGAUCACCUCUGUGGACAUUGCCGCGGAGACGGUCAAGGUUCUGACCCAGCUGGAUUCUUCCAAGAAAGAAUACCUCUUUCACCAGGCACAAUUCAAUCAUUUCCUCGUUUCUGCUAUGGACAUCCUCCUUUUUGCCACGACACACAAGUCUUCCGGUGUGGGUUCGCCUUCAGCCAACGGUGAGGAGCUUUCAGUUCCCGCCGACAUCGCCAACAAGGCUCGGCAGAGCUCGACAGUCGCGCUGGCCCGGCUGCAAAGGCUGGCGGAGACUUCGAUUCAGUCCCAGUACUUGUGGGAAAGAGUUCGACGUGUGGCGUCACGCCUCAAUCUCUCCGACCACCUCUUCCCUGCAGCACGCCCGGAGGCCGAAUUCCUUCCUGCGAUGGGAUCUGGGACCGAGCUUGCCGAACACAAAAAGACCGUCACUGAAACGGGAAUCGGGCUCAACGCGCUGCCGCUCGCCGAACUCGGUCCAGGGAGCGGCGAGAAUGGCUUGGUUUUCCCCUUCCUAUCCGAAGAUCCGAGCCUGUGGGAAUUCCAGCUGCCGCCCUCUUCGGAACCGGACUUUGGCUUGCCUCCAGACCUGGGGACCUUGGUCAACAAUUUCUGGAUGGCUUGA